AUGUGGGGGCCUGAGGCCUGGCUGCUGCUGCUGCUCCUGGCAUCAUUUACAGCUGAAGCUCUCCGGAGGAGAACUCGGCCUAGGGAUGUCCUCAAUGGCUCCCAGAAAGUUGGAGUGUCUCAAGCCUCUAAGAAAGUCUUGGACUGGGAAGUCAGCAAUCCUGGGUUCUGGUCCCAUUUCUGCUAUGAAUUUGCUAGCGCCCCUAAUCCUGUCUGCCCCUGUCUGCCCCCUGCAGGCUGGUGCUCAGCAGGCGAGCUGGAGACCACGGAUCUGGUGACCGUGGUGCUGGGCCAGGAUGCAAAACUGCCCUGCUUCUACCGCGGGGAUCCUGACGAGCAGGUGGGGCAGGUGGCUUGGGCAAGGGUGGACGCGGCCGAAGGCGCCCGGGAGCUGGCGCUUCUGCACUCCGAAUACGGGCUGCACGUGAGCCCGGCCUACGAGGGCCGCGUUGAACAGCCACCGCCCCCACGGGACCCCCUUGACGGCGCCGUGCUCCUGCGCAACGCUGUGCAGGCCGAUGAGGGCGAAUAUGAGUGCCGCGUCAGCACCUUUCCCGCCGGCAGCUUCCAGGCGCGGCUGCGGCUCCGCGUGCUGGUGCCUCCUCUGCCCUCGCUGAAUCCUGGUCCAGCACUAGAAGAGGGCCAGGGCCUGACGCUGGCAGCCUCCUGCACGGCUGAGGGGAGCCCGGCUCCCAGUGUGACCUGGGACACAGAGGUCAAGGGCACGGCCUCUAGCCGCUCUUUCAAGCACUCCCGCUCCGCUGCUGUCACUUCAGAGUUCCACUUGGUGCCCAGCCGCAGCAUGAAUGGGCAACCUCUUACCUGCGUGGUGUCCCACCCUGGUCUGCUCCAGGACCAAAGGAUCACCCACAUUCUCCAAGUGGCCUUUCUUACUGAGGCCUCUGUGAGGGGUCUUGAAGACCUAAAGCUGUGGCACGUGGGCAGAGAAGGAGCUACACUCAAGUGCCUGAGUGAAGGGCAGCCCCCUCCCUCGUACAACUGGACACGGCUGGAUGGGCCUCUGCCCAGUGGGGUUCGAGUGGAAGGGGCCACCCUGAGCUUUCCCCGGCUGACCACUGAGCACAGUGGCACCUACGUUUGCCACGUCAGCAAUGAGCUUUCCUCAAGGGAUUCUCAGGUCGCUGUGGAUGUUCUUGAUCCUCAGGAUGCCAGCGUGAAGGAGGUGGACCUGGUAUCUGCCUCGGUGGUGGCAGUGGGCGUGAUCGCCGCACUGUUGUUCUGCCUGCUGGUGGUGGUGGUGGUGCUCAUGUCCCGAUACCAUCGGCGCAAGGCCCAGCAGAUGACCCAGAAAUAUGAGGAAGAGCUGACCCUAACCAGGGAGAACUCCAUCCGAAGGCUGCAUUCCCAUCACACAGACCCCAGAAGCCAGCCGGAGGAGAGUGUAGGGCUGAGAGCCGAGGGCCACCCUGAUAGUCUCAAGGACAACAGUAGCUGCUCUGUGAUGAGUGAAGAGCCAGAGGGCCGUAGUUACUCCACACUGACCACGGUGAGAGAGAUUGAAACACAGACUGAACUGCUGUCUCCAGGCCCUGGGAGGGCAGAGGAGGAGGAAGAUCAGGAUGAAGGCAUCAAACAGGCCAUGAACCACUUUGUUCAGGAGAAUGGGACCCUUCGGGCCAAGCCCACGGGCAACGGCAUCUACAUCAAUGGCCGGGGGCACCUGGUCUGACCCAGGCCUGCCUCCCUCCCCUAGGCCUGCUCUUCUGCUGACACAGGGGAUUUCAGCUUGUCUUGGGGGCCUCUUAAAUGCCUUCGUUUCUUGAGGAAGAUGCUCCCCCCACCCCACUGACUGCUCGACCUUUUCCACCAACCCUUCUGCCCGAAGACAGGAGGACUCCACUGGCUGAGUCCCUCCCACGAGCAUGCAGGUCACCGCGUGUGCAUUUGUGCUUGUGUGAGUGUCGCUGGCUGUGAGUGCCCGGAAUGGUGACUGUGUCCUGAGUGUGUGCCACAGUGUGUCCCUGCUGCCAGGUCAGAGUCCAAGUGAAGUAAGGUGUGUGUGUGCCCCAGGAUCCGGGCGCCUGUGUGGGGAACAAUGUCGGGGGUUUAUAUGGUGUUGUGUGGCUGUGUGUGACCUCUGCCUGUGAAUGCAGGUAUUUCCCUCAGACCCUAGAGCAGUAUUAGCGUCGCAGAGGUUGGAGGCGAGAGACCGAGACCCAGGGCCAGAUCCAGGUGCGCCGGCGAAGCUGGGCUGGAAUCUAGCCUCCUGGGUGGUGGGAGCCAGGCUACCCCCACCUGACAGUGGUCAGGGAAAGUGUGAAGCAGCCAGCUGGGCUCGGGUUCUACCAGAAGCUCCAACUGUCACAGACUAAGCCCUCUGCCCUCUGGUGGCCCCUGGGCCUGCUGUAGGUACGUAUUUUCUGUAAAUAAACCCGCACCGGGGGAGCUUCUUCAAGGAGUACCACUACAAAUCCUUUAAUACGAGAAAAAAACUUCUGGGGGAAAAAGCUUUUGGUUUAUCUGGACAUCUGUUACUGGAAUUGUUUACGAUUGUUUACAGUUCUACACUGGAAUUCAGCAAAGCUAGGCCUUGCUUGCUUGGACUCCAUCAGGGGUCAAUUCCUGUGGCUCUGAAAGGUGCCCCUCCUAAGACAUGUUCCUCUAGGCAGCCCCUUGGAGGCAGCCUGAGGAGCUGGUGGGGCUUGAAUUAGGAGGCUGAGCCUCCAAGGUUACUGGCUAAGGGAGGAUAGGGCAGGGCCUUGGCCCUAGUAGCCCUUCAACUCUUUCCCUAGCCUUGUCUCUAUUUUUCGUUAUACCCACAGUUGUUUGUGGUCCUCUGAGGAGCUGCUGGGGCUUGGUGACAGGGCUCCUGGUUCAGCUGUGGUGAGGGCAGAGAAGGUAUUGAUUACAGACCAAGGGAAGGGGGGAGUCCAGGUAAGGCGAAGGUAGUGCUUGGGUAAAAUGCCUCCUUUCCCCCAGUGGUUCCUGGGUCCCUGUCUCAGGGCCCUUUGGGCAGAUUCCCUGGAUGGGGGCUGGGGUUAGAGGAAAUCUCUUUUUGCCUGGUUCACCCAAACACACUCAGCCAGAAUGCCUAGAGUUCAUGCCCAAGCCUGCUUGGCCUGGAAUCUGCUGGGUUCGUGGACCAAAGGAGAGGCUCUCAUCCCCUGCUCUCUAGCCAGCCCAGGACUUUGAAUCUAAUAUCCCAUUUCUAUGUGUAUAUUUUGUGUAAAUGUGUGCAUAUUGUAUAUAAAGUGAUAUUCUGUUUUUAAAUAAACAGAUAAAACCUG